AUUACUUUCUUAUUUAAUAUAAAUAACGCUUCUCAAAAGUAACUUUUGAUUUACUUUAAUUUCAUUUAAUCUUAAUGUACUCUUAACUAAUUUUUUUUAUUAUAACACGAUUCGACUGUAGAUCUCGUAUAAACAUUCUUGAAACGCAUAUUAUCUCAAACUGUAAUAUUUUUAAGUUUGGAAGGAAUGCAUGUAGCUAUAUAUCUCUACAUCGAAGCAUCUGUAUCCGUAAUCGAAAAAUCGAGAAUCGAAAGGAGAUUCCGAUCUCUUUCAGACGCGAUCGAAUGACCGGCUGAUCGAUGCGGCCACCUUCGGCGAUCCAGCCGCCAGGCGGCGUGACGAGCGCCGCCAUUGAGCCGCUCCGCGGCGCGCGAUUGGCCGCGGCUCCUACCACGUGGUGGCCCGGCACGGGGCAGGGAUUGGCCGGCACGGCGGCCACGCACCGCGGGCGAGAGAGCGGUGGCGCCGUUUCCUUGUGGUAGUAUUUACCCCGCGGUGCUUAAAGCCGAGUAGUCGGGUACUCGGGUCCCGUUCCGGUCCGAUCUUGUCUGGAGUAUCGUGUGUGCGCGCGCGUACGCGCUGCUCGCCGUCGUUUCGCGUCGCGGAACAAAAACAAAAAACCCGGCGACGGGACGAGGGAGCGAGGUGGCAAAAGAAAAGGAAACCUGCACGAGGGCGGGCGUGCGCGCGCGCGCGCACGCCGAGAGCGAUCCUCCCGUGGUGUGUGGUGUUCGGCGAGUGCACUCGCGAAGUGGCCUAACGUUCUCUCUCCGCGUCUCGCGCUCCGGCUCCGUGAGCGCGUGCGAUCGGGAAGCCCGUAGCCCAGGGCGAUCGACGGCGAAUGCGCGCGCCAUAUUCGCGUGUCGUCCGGCACGUCACCGGUUCGACGACGUCGACGCUCGACAAAGGGGAGCAGUGGAGUGCGCGAGUGCGGCGUGCCGCCGCACGGCCGAGGGUGAACGCCGACCAGCGGUGACGCGAGUGUGCGGCGCGGCGCGAGUGCGCGCGCGGGGAGUGUUCGCUCGUUGGUGCGUUUACGCUCAACGAGCGGAAACGGUGUGCGCGAGAGAGUCGACGGUACACGCGGCGGAUCGUGGGAUCGUGGAAUGCACGCUGACAGGGAGGUUGUACACCAAUGAGUGGCAACGAUUCGAGCGCGACGGCGACGCUGACGUCGACGAGCGUCGCCGUCGUUCCCGCGACCGUCAUCUCCGCCACCGAGGAGGAGGAGGAGGACCCGGCGGCCUUGACCCUGGACUGCGUCGAGUCCGCCGCCGACAUGGACCUGGUGAACGGACCGAAUCCCUGGCUUCCGGCCUACGGCUUUCAGCUGCAGCAUCACUCCCAGUUCCAGCCGACGCACUUGGAGGAUCUACGGGCUAAUGAUACGGUGCUGGUGCAGCAAAUCGAUUUUCUGGAAACGAUUCUGGAGGAGACGUCCGAUGAUCUCCAGAGCGACUCCGAUCGUAGCGGGACCACGUAUUGGCUUGGGUCCGAUUCGGAGACCGAGAGCGUGAUCCAUAUCAAGACGAAACAGAGAUCGGCAGACGAACGACUGGACGGCAGCGGUAGCGAGUGCAACUCGGUGGUGCCGAAGAAGCGACGCCGUCGCGACCACGGUGUCGAUCAUCAUCACCAUCACCAUCAUCAUCAGCAGCAGCAGCAAGUGGCGUCCUACGACGAGUAUCCGGCGUCGCCAAGGUCCUCCAGGUCCACCGCCUCCUCCAGAUCGAGCUCGCUGCUGCAAUUCGAGUCGUUGGAGAGGACCUGCGCUACCCUGUCACCCUCCAGCUACAGCUUUGACUCCCUGGAGUAUUCGAACCGGUCGAAUACCUCCCAUCCGGAGAAUGACUCGCCGGACAGCUUGGAGCAGGACUACGAUAGGCUGCUACCGAAUGGUUUCGCCAGAACGUUGGCGGAUCAUUUCCCGAGGAUCAGGCCAUAUCGCAGCUUCGAAAGUUUGGACACGUGCCAGAAGGACGAGGGCUUCGGCCAAGCGUCCAUGGUUUCGAAUGGUUUCGCGUCUUUGUACCUAAAGAGAGGUGCUGAUCUGUCAAAUAUUAGGAAAAAUAACCAACGUCCGAGAGACUUCUGGCACGAGGACGAGGAAUAUGAAGACGACGACGAUGACGACGAAGAGGAUGACGAGUACGAUUUCGAGGAGUACGAACGAAGCCGAACGAACACGGAUUCCCGGUUGACGACCGGUUUCGAUGAUCGGCUACUGUACGGCGAGUCCGGCAAGUACGCGACGUCCUUGGACUAUCGGAACACGAUCGACCUGCGGGAGAUCGGCGUGGAGACGAAGAGAGACGCACUUUUGGAGCUCAAGUCCGGGCAGAAGACGGCUAGGUUAAAUAUAGCCGGCGGCGGCGUGGAGCACCAUCAUCACCACCACCACCAUCAUCAUCAUCAGUAUCCGCAACAGCAGCAACAGCAACAGCAGCAGCUGCAGAUGCAACAGCAGCAGUACCAGCAGCAGCAGUACGAUCAGCACGAUCACCAUCACCACCACCACCGUCGUCGCCGCUGCCGCCAACAGCAACACCAAGGGUGGAGCGACGAGGAGCGCUUUAAUUUUAGAUUCACGGACAAGUCGCAAAGCGCGCCCAGUCUGCUCGACGGUGGCGAGGAGUUAGCACGCAACGAUCUGAGCUGCAGCUCGCCGUCCCGUCUUCGCACCUCGAGGACGACCUCCUACGUGUCGACGUCCUCUCUCUUCGAGAAUUACACGCGAGUGGCCAGCGUGCCGGUGGACUUGAAUCUCUGCGGCGUCGUCGCUACGUGCGACGGCGAGAUGAACGGUCGCGAAAUGGCGGAUUCCGGGUCCGGCGACGAGACCCUGGUCGCGGAAGACUCACGGGAGGAUGCGAGCCUAAAGGAAAACGAUGAAGCGCAGCAAGCGGAAACGAAGCUCGUGCUAACCAGCUCGGUCAGGACACAGUCGGCCCAGAGCGCGCUCAUGGACGGCGACAUGGAGGAACGCGAGAAGAAAAACGAAGAACGAACGAAGGUCGAACACCCGGGCGAGCAGCAGACGCGCAGCAAGCAAACGAAGUCGACGGUAAAGACUCAAGAUCGCUCCAAUUGCAUUCUGGACAUGGUGAUGGUGACGGAGAACGAUCUCGACGAGGCUAUCAAACAGUUUAAACGCGAGGUGGAGGAGGCGGUCGCCUCCGGAGUGACGAACGCCGCCAUUUUGGCGAUGGAAACGAUCCAACGAACACCGUCUGGCCGAGUGAAGAGCCGGAAGGUGAAGAACAACGCCAGUUACGAGCUGGCGCAGCAGCUCGAGGUGGACGAGAGGAACUUUCAGAGGAAGUUCAAGGAUGAAGAUCGCGAUGGGGCCAGCUCCCCUGGGAAGAGCCGGCGGAUGUUGAACAGUCCCAGUUACGAGCUGGCGCAGCAAUGCGACUACAUCAAGGCGUUGCAGAGCUCAAAAUCGGCGUUCCAGCGAAUGGACGCGUGCGACGAACUCGAGGAACCGACCACAUCCGGGCGCUCCUCCAGGCUGAACGUCGCCAGCGCGAUGCGCUCUAACACCGGCGAGGCUAUCGACUUUAAACCGAGGGAGCCGCAGAACGACACGUUCUUCGGUCAGAUAAAAAAAAACUCGGAUCCAUUUUCGCCCUGUGGCGAUGUUAGGGCCCUGAGCCCCCGGCUGCUAGACGACGAGGUAGAUUAUCCCUGCUUGGAAACUAAACCCAUAGGAGCAUCCUGCUUGGAGAGUAGGGUCGUUUUGCGCGAGAAGAUUGAAUCGGAAAAGCCAGACCACGAUUUGAAAAGUGUCCUUGAAAAUUCCUCGACGGUGUCGUCCCAUAUCGACGAAGAAUCACUCGGUAAGCGAAACGAGGGGGAGACCGGAGACGUAAAGGGGAGCUUCAUCGGCGAAUUUUAUCCGGAGCGGGCGGCGCAGAUUCCCCGGCAGAGUCCUCAGGGGGACGAGAACGGGAUUCAAGAGCGAGAAACGAACUUGGAGACCGCGGAGUCGUCGAAUCCACGGGAUCACGAGGACCAUCAUGGUCCCGGCUCGAACGAUCGAGGCGCCGGCGAACGUCUGUGGAGGGUCGUGAUCGAGAAACAACCGGCGACGAAGAACGAAGAGAAGGAGGAGGAGAAGGGGGACGGGACGGGGACGGUGGAAAAGAAGAAGGAGGUAGAGGAGGAGGGACACAGUGUCCGCGGUGUUGGCUCCGAGUCCCCACCCGGCGUUGCGGGUUCACUCGGUGAACGUGGUAGUAGUGGGAAGCCCGCGGUGGCCGUGGCGGCAGUUGAUACGAAUCAUCGCGGUGGUGAUCGCGACAAACGUCAGGGCGACGACGAGCAACAACAACGCGCGCCGAGUAUCAACAAGCUGGAGGACGCGAGCGUCGCGAACGCGAAACGGUCGUUUGUUGUCCCCGCGAAGCCCGUGGCGAAGACCUACGCGGUUUCAUCACCCUCCUUACCGUCCGCCUCCUCCUCGUCCUCCGCCGCUGCCAUGAAGGGCGACGAAAGGAAGAAGGGCGGUCUGGGCGGCUUUCUCCAGAGGUUCUCCAGGCUGAGGUUCAGCGGUAGGACGAAAGUACCGCGCUCGGAGGCGCAUAAAAAAACCGCCGAGCCGACGACGAGAGCAGCGCAGGAGGAGCAACAGCCGGCCACCGCCAAGAAGAAGGAGCCGGACUACAUCAUCAUACCGUUGCACCCGCCCGAGGAGGAGAGGAGACGCCAGCAGGAGGUCGUUACUCUCGAGGAGGCUGCCAGGAGGAACAAUGUGGACAUUCAGAGAAGCGUCUCUGCUAUCAGCAGCAACGGGAGGGCACCAGUGUCCAGCAAACCGCCCCUGCCGCCGCAGCCGCCGCGCGUCGCCGCUCUGGGGACGACGACUCGGGCGUCGGCGUCGACGUCGGCGUCGCGCCGACGCGCCGCCACGGACCUUGGUAACCCGGCGGCGAUCGAGAUGGCGAAGGCCCGCGCGAUGCAGGCCGCCCAGGAGCGCCCGGUCGGCCUACUGGAGACCGACCUCGACGAGGCGGUGAUCAACAGCACGAGCAGCUACAACGGCACGACGUACGGUACCGCUGGUAGUCCGACCGCCGCAACUACCGCCACCACCGCUGCCGCCGCCGCCGCCGCCGCCGCCGCCGCCGCUGCCGCCGCCGGCGCCGGUGGUAAGAAGACCCGCAGCCUGCUCGACCUCAACCACACCUCGGCGGCGGCGCCGCGGCCGCGGCCCGAGCACGCCCUCCACGUACCCCAGUCGCCCGUCGGCGCUACGCACAGGAGCCCCCGCGACGACGUCGCGUCUGCCGCAACGUCCGCCAUCCACCAGCGGCCCCACAAGUCCAUGGAGUUCCUCCUCGACAAGGAGAACCUGCAUUUCGUCAAGGUGAGUUCGGUCAGGUUUCCCCCGUAGGUUCACCGUAGGCAGUCUUCGUCGCGUAUAGUUUAUCUGGAUAUCAUCGGUAUAACAUCACCGGGGGUAAAUCAACGACGUGAACCGCGCGCGUGAAAUCGCGACAAUUCCAGGUCGACCUCGGUGGUAGACAUGGGGUUCGCGAGAUCGAUCGGGUGCGAGAGGCUGGGAAGUUGGAUGGAAUGCAUCUAUACUAGACCCUGACGAGCGGGAACCCUCUGUUCCGUGAUAAAUCGAGUCAUGCUUGCGUUGCGAAAUCGGUCGUGCGUGAUAUUGGGAAAGGGGACGCGCUCCAGCGUGUAUACAAGUAUUCAUAAUUUGCUAAAAGUUCCGUCGCGUCUCAACGGUGCUGGCAGCUAGGUGUUGCGAAAUCGCAAGUGAUUGUCGAACCGUUCUUCCUCGACCUGACGGCGAUCGACGAUGACUGAGACAGUAAAUUAAUGAGCUUAACCUUCAUGGAGAUGUCGAAGGACUGUUUUAGAGUUUCGGCGAAAUUGAUCGAAAA